GAUCUGAAACAUAUGGAUCAAAUUUCCGGAAGCAAUAUAGUCAAAGUAGGAAUCGAUCUGUCUGAAUUCUACUUGUCAGUGGAAUGGGAUAUUUUAGCAGUGCCCGCAACAAGAAAUGAGGAGUACUAUCCUUGUUGUAGUGAGCCUUAUUCAGAUAUCACCUUCAAGAUAACGAUGCGCCGCAAAACCUUAUUCUAUACAGUCAACCUAAUCAUCCCCUGUGUCGGGAUUACAUUCCUGACUGUUUUGGUGUUCUACUUGCCUUCAGACUCAGGGGAGAAAGUAACGCUUUGUGUGUCGAUUCUGCUCUCCCUAACGGUGUUUUUCCUUCUCCUCGCCGAGAUUAUUCCCCCAACUUCGUUGGCUGUGCCCUUGUUGGGGAAGUAUUUACUCUUCACUAUGAUUUUGGUCACAUCGUCGAUUUGGGUCACAGUUUGCGUUCUCAAUGUGCAUUUUAGAUCUCCGUCAACACACAAAAUGUCACCAAUAUUUAGGAAAAUAUUCCUUCACUUUAUGCCAAAGCUUCUGAUUAUGAGACGUACAAAAUAUUCUCUGCCAGAAUAUGACGAUUCGCAGCCACCCAGAGGAUAUACGAAUGAUAUGGAAAUACAGCUCAACAUGGGGGAACCUUUCACAACUGAUUUUAAAAUAACUACUAGGGAGCCGAGUUUUGUUCUUCAAAACAACGAACAAGAAGAUGCCAAAAUGAAAGCUCACUCUUCCAUGACAGGAUCAUCAAACAUGACCCCUAAAAUGUUAUCUGAGAAUGUGCUGGCAGCAUUCCAAGGAGUAAGGUUCAUCGCUCAACAUAUUCGUGAUGCAGAUAAGGACAAUGAG